GGUUAGGUAAUUAUGAUGAUGAUAACCAAAAAAAUAUAUAUACAUAUUUCAUUUAUUUUAUAACUCAAUUAUUAACUUGUAUAGUUAACCAAUAUAUAUGUAUCAACUCUUUAUAUAUAUAGCUUUCAGUGUGAUGGUUGUGGCGAUGUUGUUAAGAAGCCCAAGUUAAAUCAACAUCGUAAUCGUUGUUAUGCUACUUUUACUUGCAUCGAUUGUUCAGUUACCUUUGAAGGUACUUCUUAUCAAUCACAUAAUUCUUGUAUGACUGAAGCAGAAAAAUUCCAAAAACAUAUAUAUAAGAACAAGAACAAUAAUACAAAGGAUGCACCAAAGAAUGUAGAGGAAACAGCAAAGAAGCCUGUUUCAAUCAUUGAACAGUUGAAUGAAAAGAAGAGAAAGAAUGAGGAAUCCGUUGAAGAAAAGAAAAAGGAAGAGUCAAACAACAAGAAAUCAAAGAAAGAUGAAGAAUCAAAAAAUAAAAAAUCCAAGAAAAAUUUGGCUUCUUGGAGUUCAACUGAGCUUGACGUGGAUGAAUCAAAGAAUCUUAAGAAUGCUUUAAGAGAAGUUUUAAAGGAAGGCAAAUCAUUAUCAUUAAAAGAUGUUCGUAAAAAAACAAUUCAACUUAUUGAAAAGCAUCCAAAAUAUAAGAAAUCUGAUUUAAAAAAGAGUUUUGAAAAGACGUUCACCUUAACAUUAAAGGACAGCGUCAUUAUUUUUGAGUAAACGAUUAGACAUGCAUAAUAAAAAAUAGAAUAGAACAGAGUUACUCGUUUUUAUGCAUAGUUUAGCUUGUUUAGAGUAAAAUGAUUACAUAAUAUUUAUCUGCAGACUUAUUUCAUGCUUGUUUAAAUUGAUCGAGCAGAAACUUUCUUAUGCAUAUUUAUCCUUGUUUUAAACUAUUUUCGUUUUCAUUUUGUUCAUAUCCAUGUCAAACUAGUAUCAAACAUAAAAAAAAAAGUCUUAAACAAAAC